GUCCCUGCGUGCCCAACCCCCCAGGCCUGGCCCCCUGCAGACCGAAGGCGCCCUCCUCCCCUGGCUGUGGUGCUGUCGCGAGCCUAGAGCACAAGUGCACUUGGCAGUGACCGUGGGUGGUGACCUCUCACUGCUCUCCAGCGGCCUCUGCUCACUCUGAGGGGUUUUCAGGGUGGGGGAGUGGGGGUUAACAGGUCCCGGUGAUGGGUGCAAGUGACGCCCGCCCCUGCUGCAGGGUGAACUGGGGCUGCGGCCCCACGGCAGGCCAAUUGCUUGAGGCACUCGACAGUCCUUUCCUAAGGGCCGCAGCCCACACACGUUGGUACCCUCUGUACCAGCUGGGUAACCCCCAGCUCCGCGUCUUCCGAACAAACUUCUUCAUUCGCCUGGUGCGGCCCGGCACGGCCCAGCCCGAGGACACCGUGCAGUUCCGGAUCCCCAUGGAGAUGACCAGGGUGGACCUCCGGAAUUACCUUGAGCGUAUCUACAACGUGCCUGUGGCCACUGUGCGGACAAGGGUGCAGCAUGGUUCCAACAGGAAGAGGGACCACAGGAAUGUCAGGGUGAAGAGCCCCGACUACAAGGUAGCCUACGUGCAGCUGGCCCACGGACAGACCUUCACGUUCCCCGACCUGUUUCCCGAUAAAAAGCAGAGCCCCGACGGCAGCCCCAGCGGCGACGACAUCCAAGACAAGCUCCUGGAGGAGCAGCGGCAGCAGCAGCGGCAGCGGCAGGAUCCCCGGCGCGGCGGCGUGCCCGACUGGUUCGGCCUGUGACGGCCCCAGUAAAGUCCCACGUGUGGAGCAAA